UUUCGGCUAAAUCCGUAAAAAACCCCGAAAACGUUUGUUUUGAAUUAUACUUUUUUGAGGUUAGAAAAAGUUAAACUUGUUUACAAACAUGUCUGUAACGCUGCACACGGAUCUGGGUGAUAUUAAACUGGAACUCUUUGUGGAGGACUGCCCGAAAACAUGUGAGAACUUCCUGGCACUGUGUGCGAGUGAUUACUACAACGGGAGCAUCUUUCAUCGCAACAUAAAGGGCUUCAUCGUUCAAACGGGGGACCCCACGGGUACGGGGAAAGGUGGAGAGUCCAUCUACGGGGGGAAGUUUGAAGAUGAACUUCGUGAGAGCCUCAAGCACAAUGAACGCGGGAUGGUUUCAAUGGCAAAUUCCGGUCCGGGAACGAAUGCCAGCCAAUUCUUCUUCACCUACGCCGCUCAUCCGCAUCUUGAUCUCAAGUACACCCUCUUUGCCAAGGUGAUUGAUGGGUUUGAGGUGCUCGAUGAGCUUGAGAAGCUCCCCGUGAAUCCCAAAACCUACCGGCCAAUGAUUGAGAAGCGCAUAAACACCGUCACGAUUCAUGCAAAUCCUCUGGCAGGAUGACCAAGAGUUGAACAACCCCCACCGAAGCCUCAUUGAAGAACUUAUUUAAUGUUUUUUAAAUUAUUUUUUGUAAUAAAAAUAAUAUUUUUGGAUAAAAUUUAUUUACAUUCACAAA